CUUAAUAAAAGCAACUUGUCUUCAACAUUCUAUCCUCCAUCUCACUUGCUUUUACUUUCUCUCUCUACAUCUUUGAUCUUUUUUCUCUCUCCUCUCUUUUAUUUCAUUUUCUCUAUUUUGUGGGUCCCUUAGUCUGCAAACACAAGCACACACAGCUGUAUAAUUAUUAUAUCUUCCACAACCAGCAACCUCAACUUCCUUUGUAACUGCCUCAAAUCCAAUAACCAUAACCCUAUUUUUUUAUCUCCUUAUUCUCUCUCACUCUCUCUUGUUCUGUUUUGUUCUGUUCUUGCUAUGGCUAAACUUUUAGAAGACCGUGCUGAGUUUGUGAAAAAGAACGAGAAGAGUGAGAUUCGCGACGCUGCGUUUGGUUUUCCCAAUGAGUUUCCUUACGAGUUUGACUCGUUUGAAACUGAAAACAGUGACGAGGAGGAUUUCUUUGCUGGGUUAACUCGUCGACUGAGUCAAGCCUCGGUGAAUGAAACUCGGAAGGAGAAACUCGCUGUUCCCAUUCUCAACAAGAAACCUGAGGAGAAGAUUCGAGUCAUGGCUGGUUCGCCUCAGUCGACGCUGGCCGGAAUCGGAAGCUGGUCCGGUCGUAGCGGUGGUUCGAGCGAAGGAAGUCCGAAUGGUUCGACUCGUGUUCCUUCGCCGACGACUAUACCGUUUUCCGCUGAGAACGAUGCUUGGGAUGUGUUGUACGCCGCUGCGGGUGAGGUUGCUAGGUUGAAGAUGAACGUUGAAGCUUCGUUGGUGGAGAUUCAGAACAAAAGAGGAGUACUCGGUGGCGUUCCACCACCUGUUGCGGCGGAGAACCGUGCCGCCGCGUUUUUCUCAAACCCUAAUCCUUCGGUUGUUCAAUAUCAACAAGUGAAGCAACAGUGUGAUUCUGUUUGGGGUAGACAAGCCCAGGCCCAGGCCCACGCUCUUGCCCAAGCGAAAGCAACUAGCUGGUCGACUCAGGUUCAAAACAGAGGCUAUGAUUACGAGAGUGUGAAAUGCACGCGCCCUAUGCCUCGUUCGGUUUGGCAUUCUCCUAUUCAAGUUAAGCACCAAAAUAACCCGGUUCUUUUUAACGGAUCCGGGUCUCGAUCCGGUUCUCAAAUUGGAUCCGGUGUUAAAAAAGGAUGUGGAGGAACAGGGGUGUUCUUACCUCGUCAAUAUGGGGCCCCUCUUCCGGAAUCUCGCAACAAAACAAAUUGUGCUCCUGUUUUGGUCCCAACUAGGGUGAUUCAUGCUUUAAACAUGAACAUUGAUGAUUAUAACGGUGGAAGACAACCUCGUUUCAUGAAUGAUUUCAACGUGGAUUAUGAUGCAUUGUUGGCAAGGAGAAACGCUCUUCUGAUGCAGCAGAGAUUAAGGAUGCAACGUGAAGAGGCAGCUAGCUAUGAAGCUCGUCUUCCUCAGGAAUGGACUUAUUGAUUCAUUUGAUAAUGCUUCAAACAGAAGAUUCUAAUUACUCUUCACUGACGAAGAAGAAGCAGCAGCUAGUGAAAUUAGUUAGAAGGGUCUUGUGUUUUUUAGUUUGAAAAAAAUAAAAUAUUGUAGUAUAGCAUAAAGAUAAGAUUUAAGAAUGUGUUUUGGUUAGUUUAGUGACAAUAAAUCAUCCGGUUUUUGUGAGUGAUGCAGCUUUUUGGGAAAACUAGUAGUUGCCAGUUGGAAAGAACAGUGAAAGAUUAGGGGUUAGAUUAAUAUUUUGAUUAAUAUUUAUAAUAAUUAUUUUAUUUGUAAUAAGGUAAAGUGGUUGUUUUCUUCCAUAAAUGGGUUAUUAGCAUUAGCUAAAGUUUCAAGUCAAGACAGCUCAAGUGUUAAAAGAUUGUUGAUAAUCUUUUGUAAAAGCUCUUACUAGUUUGUAAUAAAUUAUGCCUAUUUUAAGCUUUAAUAUAUUGGAGUAUUUUUAUUA